CUCUCGACGGCAUCGGCGCCGCCGACGAUCUAACCUGACCCGAUCCUUCCGAACGUUUUGUACACAUGCUCCCUUUCCGCUCGCAACUGCGCUAAACGAUCGAUCGAAACUGACUUGUGUCAUAUAGCGCGUUUCAUAGGUUAUGCCGGUUCCGUUUUUACGCGCGCACCCACGUACGUAUUGACGGAGGAAAAGAGAAGAAGCGAUAAUGGACGAGGCAGUCACCACGCCGCCUACUUUCAAACGGAAUUUCUUCGAGCGGAUUUAUUGCGUGGAACUGUCGCCGUACGAAUGGUCGCAGCAUUUAGUCUGCAUCGCUCUCGCAAAGGAAAUUGUCAUCGGUACUAUUAGAUUUCAGGAUGAAGAUGACCGUGUGGAGGGCAUGGAAUACAAUCCUAUCAGGACUUUUCACCAUGAUACUAGACCUCACGCAGUUGCUUGGAGUCCAGAGACCUCCCUGAGUGUUGUCCCCAAGAUCCUCACAUUCUGUGUUGCCGGUGCGGAUUUCAAGAUCAGAUUGUACAAUAGCAACUUAAAUGACAUUAAUAUGUACGAGAUUUUAGAGGGACACAAGGAUUACACGAACGCAAUUUCUUAUGAACCAGAAGGUGAAUUGUUAGCAUCGGUUUCCGAUGAUCACACUUGUAAAUUAUGGGCAAUUAAGGAGGACCAGAAGUGUGUGUCCACGUUUUACCUGACAUCGCCCGGCACGAGCGUUUGCUGGCAUUGCGAAGAAUCUGGGAAGCUUUUAGUAGCAGAAAAGAACGGUUUAAUACGCAUGUACAAUGUCAGAAGUCAGCAGGCUAUCAUGUCCCUAGAUUCCGGCACUGUUCCUCUCACUACCGCAGACUGGGGGCCCAAUCCUUUAAAAGUUGUAUCGAUGGCUGCGGGAGAAUUGCUGCUCUGGGACGUUUCCAGACCUAGCCGUCCUCUUGAUGAGCGCACGCUUCACUUGGAAGGUGGUUUAAUGGUAAAGUUCUCGCAGGCGAACGAAAAUCUAGUCGCGAGCAUUGGCUGGCCGGAUAAUUUGUUGAAAGUGUUCAGUUUAAAAUCCAAACAAGUGAUAUUGUGCGGAAAGGUUCAGUUAGUCGGCGGCAUGACGUGGCAUUAUAAACUGCCUUACAUCUGUGCUGGAAGUGAUAGAGAACUAUGUUUCUGGCGAGUAAAUGCAAGCUGAAGUACUAGAUUAGAGAUUUGAUUUUCUUUUUUUUUCUAAAGAGAAUCUUUCUUUGUGCAUUUGGAAUAUUGUUAUGUAAUGUAACAAUUUAAAAGAUUUAACUUCUUUUAAUAUAUUUUAACUUUAUCAGCUGAUGACACAUCAGUGAUAUGGAUUAAAAUUUUCUAAGGAGAUAAAACUUCAUACUUGAUAGGAAA